CACAACUGACAAACAAAUUAAAAACUCAAAUUAAAACCAAGUAACGGAGCAUCAACACCCAGGACACAAAACAAACACAAACACGCCGUAAAAUCAACCACCGUCAACUGCCACCUCACCACCGUCUUCCCCAACCCUAACUCUACUGAUCUCUUCAAAUCAUUCAUCAAAUCUGUAAUCUGUAUCUAUAUUUUACAAUACACACACAUCAUUCAACUUCACCAACAAUAACCGCCUCAAUCAUUCAACAUCCACACCUGUAUUCUCAGAUCUGCUUCCUCAAAUGGACGAUUUCGGCAUUUUAGCUAGAGAUUUCGGAUUCAAACCACAAGGAAAAUCCGCUCCGAUGAAAUCCGACGCAGCCGGUGGCCGUGGCCGGAGCAGACCUCCGUCGUCAUCGCCGCCGCCGUUCAACGACGAUUUCUCCAAUUCGGUGAAGUUCACCAACAGUAACGCUAGAUCAACACCUGUGACGUCGGAUAUUGAUUACGAUUCGAUUUUUAACAAUUCGUAUACUAACAAUGAAGCUAAAAGCAAAUCCGUUGGUUCGAGUUUGCCGGUUUAUGAUGAGGAUAUUUUUGAUGGAUUGCCAGGGAUGAAAAGUAAAUCGUUGUAUUCUGAUAAUGUUUUUGCAUCGUUGACAUCUCCGCCUAAACCGAGUCAACUGAGGGAUGAUUUUGAUGAUUUGUUAGGGAAUUUAGGUCGAACGGAGACAGUUGACUCGGUGAAGGAGAAGGAUAGUAGGAGUUCAAGAGGUUUGGAUGAUUUGUUUUCUGGACUUGGAAGCGGUGGUGGUUCGGUAUCCGGUAGCAGGCCGACUUCAGAGUCAGUGCCAGCAUCAACUAGCAACAACACAAAGGCAAUGGAUGAUCCUUUUGUGGUUCUAGAGUCUACAUCAACCCCUGUCACGUCAUCCCAGAGUGUUUUCAUUGAUCCACCGGAAACAAUUCACAAGGUUAGUAAAACCGGUAGCACAAAUGCUGGAGGAUCGUCUGUAAAUAGCGGUAUGUUCGAUGACAUAGACCCCCUUCAUGGGUUUGGUAAGCCUGCACCCACAUUCCCAAGUGAUACCAAUACCAAAAGAAAGGAUCAUAGCCCUUCUAAAGAGGAUAAAUCUUCUGUUAAAUAUUCUGAAAGCGAAUCACAGAAGGUGCAUGUAGAAGAUUUUCAAGAAUCUCAGCAACCUAUCUUUGACAUGCCACCUGUCAAUAAAUUCUCUCAGAGAUCUGUUGAUCGGGCUACGUCUCCACCUUUAUACACAGAGACAAAUUCUCGAGCAUCAUCAGAAGAAAACGUGCAGCCGCUUGAUGAUAUAUGGCUCAUCGUUUCAGAGAUACCUCUUUUCACACAACCAACCAGAGCUCCACCGCCAUCAAGACCACCACCUCCGAUACCUAGGCAUGCUUCAAAGUCUGUAAGAGGUUCUUUCGUUUCAAAUACGACAACAUUCGGGAAUGAUUACUCUGCUUCCCCUAAAUACUCGAGUUUUAACCCGUUCCAACCCGCAGCCAAAAGUCCCAUGUCUUCUUCAUUAGACGAGUUUGAGAAUGGUGAAGAGAUGGAUUCAAACUCGGCUUCUGCUGCAAUGAAGGAUGCUAUGGACCGGGCCGAGGCUAAAUUUAGGCAUGCAAAGGAACUACGGGAAAGAGAACAUGCAAAAGCUUCUAGAAAUAAAGAUGACUUGUCUACAGAAGAGAGAGAGAAAAGUAGACUUGAAAGGGAAAAAGGUAGACAAGCUGUAGAGAGGGCUACACGGGAAGCUCGUGAAAGAGCUGCAUCUGAGGCACGUGAGAAAGCAUCUGCUGAAGCUCGUUUAAAAUCUGAACGUGCUGCAGUUCAGAGAGCACAGGCUGAGGCCCGUGAGCGAGCAGCUAUUGAUGCAAAGGGAAGAGCAGAACGCGCUGCUGCAGAAGCGACUGAAAAGGCUGCUGUAGAAGCCAGAGAGAAAGCAGCAAGGGUGAAAGCCGCUGUUGCAAGGGCUGAAGGAGAGGUAAGGCGUAGAGCGGAACGCGCCACUGUAGAUAAGGUUGCAGCUGAGGCUAGACAGAGAGCCGCUGCUGAAGCUCGAGAUAGGGCGGCUGCAGCUGCUGCCGCCAAGAUGAACCAACAAAAGAAUGAUGAUGACCUUGAAUCGUUCUUCAGUUCCCGACCAAGCAGUGCCCCAAGACCCAGGGCGACCUCUUCUGACCCUGCACCUGAUCCACUGUUCCAGAACCGACAGGAAGCACCCCAGAGGACUUCCUCUACUGGAGGAUCCUCAAAUAUGAGGAAAGCAUCUUCCACUACUAACAUUGUUGACGAUCUUAGCUCAAUAUUUGGAGCUGCCCCUUCGUCUGCUGGAGAGUUCCAAGAUGUUGAAGGUGAAACAGAGGAAAGGCGAAGAGCUAGGCUCGAAAGACACCAACGCACUCAAGAACGCGCGGCUAAAGCACUGGCAGAAAAGAAUAGUCGUGAUCUCCAAUCUCAGAGGGAACAGGAAGAAAGAAAUAGGAUCUCCGAAACUUUAGAUAUUGAAAUCAAGCGUUGGGCUGCAGGAAAAGAAGGAAAUUUACGUGCAUUGCUAUCAACAUUACAAUAUGUUUUAUGGCCAGGAUGCGGUUGGCAGCCUGUUUCAUUGACCUAUUUAAUAACCGGUGCUAACGUGAAAAAGUCAUAUAGAAAGGCAACUUUGUGUAUCCAUCCUGACAAAGUGCAACAAAAAGGAGCUACUCUUCAACAGAAAUUCGUCGCAGAAAAGGUGUUUGACCUACUUAAGGAAGCUUGGAACAAGUUUAAUUCAGAGGAGCUCUUUUAAUGGAUGCGAUGAGGAUUCUUCGACUUUGAAUCCACUUAUAUCUGCUAAGAAGAAGAAAGAUAUAUCUAUAUUUUUUGGGGCAAUAUACGCAAAGGGUGUCGAGAUAUAUAUUUAUCUGCCUCGACGCAAAGAUAUUACCUUUGCAUGAGCUCGGGAGGUAGAAGUGAUGAGGUAAGCCGCGCGUGUGGAGGGUGGAAAGUAUUUGUUGAUGAUCGUAGAGUAAGAUUAUUAUUUCAUACGUGAAUGAUGAUUGCAGUCUGGAAAUUCGUUUUUGUGUGUAUGUAACCCUUCUAAAGUCCAGCACGAAACAACCUUCUAAUAUUUUAAACACGCUAUAACAUAAUGCAAUUUUUUGGUUAUUUUAUA